UUCACAGCCUCUGACGAACAGGGAGAAAUCCUUAUUUGGGCUGUGUUCUGGUGGUGACCAACACUUAAUGCAGAUUCAGCGUAUUGAAAACGCCGAGUUACGGAAACAACUAGUGGAAUACGAUGUGAAGUUACACGACCUUGAAACUCAAAUGGAAAACGUAACCAGAACACUUAAUAAUCUCGGUUAUAAGUUUGACAAACUCAACGAGCUGUCCAAGGAUUUUGAAACUCGGAUUUCCGAACCUAUUGGAACCCCCUCUCCUGGUCAGCCCACGGAUCCACGGAGCACAACUGGAGCACAAACUACAGAAGUGCAUCAUCCUAUAGCAUUCUACGCUGCAGUAAGUGUCGAUACGGAAACAAAUCCAGUUGUAUUCGAUGAAGUUUACACCAAUGAGGGUGAUUGCUAUGACAACACGACUGGCGAGUUCACAUGUAGUGUAAGUGGCGUGUACCAUAUCACGUGGUCAGUGGAGACGUUUGGAGAGGUUGAUGUCGGGACUAUUUUGGAAGUCAACGGGCAAAAGUUCGGAUACACUUGGACUGACGCAAAUGACCAACAGUAUGACACAAGUACUGGUGUUGCAAUUUUGAGGCUUCGCGCUGGUGACGUCAUCAAAGUCACACUUCAGUCAGGGUCAGAGGUUGACGGACGUCAAUCUGUAUUCACGGGUCAUUUCCUUUUCCCAUGAUCAAAAUAGAUCGAGCACCGGUAUUAAAGAACAAAAUACGUUCGUUGUAGCGAUUGUGAAGGAACCUGACAAGGCUGAUGAUGUCGGGUACAAUGAUCAGGGUAGCGGCCGUGGUCAGAAAGGCGAUAGCCAC